AUGGCCAUAGCCACCCUCAAACCUCUUGUAGGGCUCCUAGGCAAUCUCAUCAUUUUAUGGUUGUUUGUCUCCCCAAUCCCAACAUUUGUGAAAAUAAUCAAUAAAAAAACAGUAGGAGAAUUCAAGCCAGAUCCUUAUUUAGCAACUUUGCUUAAUUGCGCAUUGUGGUUCUUUUAUGGUCUACCGCGCGUCUGUCCGAACUUCAAUAGCCUUUACUACUGUUAUUUUCAUGGACCGAUUCCGAUCGAUCCUGCAAUCAUCGGUACCGGAAUCUUUCUUGAACUCGUCUACAUUGCCAUCUUCUUUGCAUAUUCUUCGGCAACGAAACGCAUAAAUGUCAUCAUUGCUCUUGUGAUUGAAGUUUUCUGCCUUCUUCUUGUUGCUCUCGCAAUUACCAUUCCCUCAUAUCGUCCUUCAGUCCGCUGCAGGAUUCUCGACUACUUAUGUGUUCUCUCCAAUGUCAUUAUGUAUGGGUCACCCUUAACAGUCAUGAAAAUGGUCAUCGAGACGAAGAGUGUCAAAUACAUGCCACAUUAUCUCUCAGUUGCUUACUUUUGCAGUGGAGUUGUUUGGCUGAUCCAUACAUUUAUUACUCGAGCUUAUUUCUCCAUCCUGCUGAUGACAUAUGGUUUGGGAUCAGCUUUAGGGUUGGUGCAGCUCAUUCUUUACGCCCACUACUACAAAACAGCGCAAUGGGAUGAUGAAAAUGUUAAAAAGCCUGAGCCCGAGCGUCAACUUUCUGGCGUUUAG